ACACCAGCAGUAGUAGCAGUACAACAACCAACAAUAAUAGAAAAAGAUCAGAUAACAGACGAUCAAACUUCACCUUGGCAUGAUUUUAAAACCAACAAUAAUAAUAAUAAUAAUAAAGUUGUUCUUGUACGCCGAAUACGAGAAUCGAACGACCUCAUUAGUCUCAUGGAUACUGAAUUCUGGGAACAAUGCGACGAAAUUUAUAGGGAAAAACUCGACUCUCUCCAAGAAGAACUUCGAAUGAUUCAACAAGGCACACAUUCGGCAUUUCAAGAAAGUUUAAAUGAUCUUGAAAAAUAUCGUGAUAAUACAAUUGAAGAUGCCUUACUUUUUAAAGAAUAUGAAAUGGGAGUUGUUAAACAAGAUUAUGAUGAGGAAACGGGAAAAGUAGAAGCAGAAUAUGAAAGUGAAAGAAAUGGAUUAAUGGGAGUUUUGUUACAAAUAAUUGAAGAAAAGAAAAAACAAGUGACAAGAGAAGACGGUGAAUUAGAUUUAGAUGUCUUUAAAGAUGCUUAUAGAAAAUUAAAUGGAAGAAGGAAUUUAAGGAAGACGGUAAUAAAUGGAAGACAAAGUCAAAGUCAAUCUCCUUCACGACAUCAAGAAAGACGUAGUCGAAGAGAUCGUCAAGCUACACCUCAUAACAUUCAUGCACAACCUACUUCAACAGAACAAGAAGAAUUAGAAGCUGACUUUCAUAAUAUGAAGGGCGAUCUAUCUUCUUCUAAUCUAAGAAAACAACGAUAAUAAUGUAAAUACAACCGAAACAAUUAUAGUAUACACAUACACACACACACACAUAC